AUGUUUAAAAAAGAUGGAAAACGUGAUAGCCGCAAGGUGCGUGGCGCGAAACAGCGACCACGGACCAACGACAGCACCAAUGCGGACCCCGUGCCCACCGCGGCGCCCCCGCCCGCGCCCGCCAAAGGCAGCAAACCCAACCCGGCUGCUGCGGGCAGCGCCGCGCCCGGGGCGGCGCCGGGCAGGGGCGUUGGGACGGCGCAGGGCGCCGAGGGUGGCGCAGUCGGCGAGAGGGGGUCCGUGCCGUUGUCCGUGACCGCUCCCCCAGACGGGACCACGUCCAACGGCAUGUAUGUCCCGCCUGCGGCCAACGGCGACAUGAAGCCCGCGGUGUCCACCACAGCGUUCGUGGACUUCCUAAUGCAACUAGAGGACCACACGCCCAUGAUACCAGACGCCGUGACAGAGCGUCUCGGAGCGGCGUGGAGCCGCUCGAGACUACGAGCGGAGAACCAAGCGACCGAACAGGCUUGCGCCGGGGGUGUAACGUAG